AUGCAAUCCCCACACCGUAUCCGUCUCCCGUAUUUUGCGCCGACCGGUAGCCUCCCAGCGCCGCUGCCGUCGACGGAAGAGCUGGAUGCUCAGCCUGAACUCGGCCCGAAAAAAUAUUUUAAAGGCCAACGCGUGGUUCGAGUCGGGGAACACUUCGUCGUCAAAUACGGGUGGCUGGUCAAGCCGAUCGAGGGAGAGAACAUGUUGUACGUCAGCGACAAGACCACCAUCCCAAUUCCGCGCGUCUACGCCCUCUUCCAGAAGGAAGACGAGCAUGGUCGCAUGUGCACCUACAUCGUCAUGGAGCAUGUCGACGGCCAGACGCUCGACAUGGUUUGGCGUUCCCUGGACCUUGAGGCCAAAGAGGCCGCUGCCUCCCAGCUCCGCGAUUUCAUGGACCAGCUCCGCGGCCUCCCCGCUCCCGACUUCUUCGGCAGCCUCGACAACCGCCCGUUGCUCGACUAUCUGUUUUUCACCGAAGAAGCUCGGCCGGAAAUCAACGGCCCUUUUAAGACGGAAGCCGAGAUUGCCGAGGCUCUUGUUCUCAAACUCCAGCGAGACGAGGCAGACUACCCAGCCGAGCGGGCAGCUUACUACCGCCGCGUCUUGCCUUCCGUCCUUCAGGGCGAUGGACGGCCGAGGUUCACCCAUGCCGAUCUUCAGACCACGAACAUCAUGCUCCGGCCCGAUGGCACGGUGGUCCUCUUGGACUGGGAAAUGGCAGGCUGGUACCCGCGAUACUGGGAAUAUGCCACCGCCAUCUUCGGCUGUGGCGGGUGGAGUCAGUGGACUGAUGACUUCCACGCCUGGGUUCCCAAAUUCCUCGACGAGUAUCCGAACGAGUAUCUGUGGCUGGGGAACAUUCGUUCAUUCCUUUGGUUUUAG